ACUCUCCACCUCUCCGCUCGAGCUCGCCGCUCAGAUAUCCCAGUAAAACACACCCGGGCCACCUCCAGAAUGAUACAGUCGACGCAACUCCUCUUCCGUAUUUCAAAGAUUAGACACGCCUGUCGGACUUUGAUCCCUUAAGAAGUCAGCAUAGAUACCUGAAAAGAUCAUCGAUACGUACGCGAUCGCAAUUGGCUGCAAGCAAGCCUGACGCAACUUUCCCCGUCAAAUCACCACGACACCCUCCUGGCUAUGGCAACACACCACGAAUUGCCAGCCGCUGCGCUCAACGGCCAUCCGCAAUCACCACCCAUGACGCCUACUCCCCAUACACAUAGUCGCUUCCCGCCACCAAAAUUCCAAACCUCUCCAGUACACCGGCGCGUAAGCAACUUCAUCCAGACACCUCCACUGGAGUACAUUGAACCGACCGGACACGACUAUCACUUCAGCUUCACACGCCCGCAAUCGUGCCCGGCAUCUUCGCGUAUGUCGUCAGAGUCUGACAGAGCUUAUCCGGCAACAACGUUGGAGGGAUCUGAAUACGAGACCGACUCUGAGGAGGAUUGCGAAUCGGAUCAAGAAAGUGAACAAGAAGAGGAGAUACCGAUGCGUCGGGUAGAGAAAGCCCAAUUCGUACUCGAAGAACUGGACAGCGAUCCAGGCUACGACUGUGACGUAGAGGUAGUGCGACCGGAUCAUUGCGAAGACGCAAGAAGCGAAAGGAGCGGCACAAAGGCAGCAAUAUUCGCCAGAAUGAACGAGUUACAACUCGAAGAAGACAGUUCAGAAGACGAGGAAAGGGAGCGCAUUUACCUUAAGAAGAAGAAACGAUGGAGCGCAGGCAUCUUCAAGCGCAGCCACAGCCAGAGCGUGGAAGGAGAUAGCAGCUACUCCGACAACGACCCUCUCGACGACCUGGACCAGGGCGCUCGCCGACUGCGACGCCGCGUACGUGGGCCUAGAAGAGAAUCCCUCAUCUUCGUAGACCGCGGCUUCUCGAACACGAAUAACAUUGCGGAGGUUGAAGAACCUGACGAAGGAAGAGUGCUACACUCGAAGGGGCCGCCAUCCAUCCCCAGUGAUGACGCCUUCACUCUAGAUGAACUGCCGUUUUGGGGAGGGCACAACAUGAUGGACAUGGAGUUCGAGUCUGACCAAGUGUCAGAAUUAUGAUUCACGAAUCUUAGAGGCCAUGACCAUGACCUGACGGCUGUUUUCUUAGCUCA